AUGGACGACUUUGUUUUGGAGAUCAUCACUUACGUAGGAUUGAGCCUUUCCAUCAUUGGAAAUCUUAUGACAAUAGUUGCGUAUUCCCUCUUCACGUAAGUAAGGGAUGCAUGAUGAGAUGCGUCCAUUACGAACAAUUCGUCUUAAAGAUGUUGGACAUUGAAAAAAAAAAAAAAAAAUUAUUAGAAAAAUUACACCCAGCCUUUAAAGCGAAUGCGAUUCAAGUGUUCCAUAGUUAGGCUGUUUUGUCCUAUUUGCUCGUAACCUACGAAAUUUUACAAGUGAAUGCUUUAAUGAUGAUGGGAAUUUAUCAACUUAAUGGUAUUUACCGUAUGGUGACAAGAACAAAAUGAAUAAAGAAUAUUUUUCAUUUCACAGGCUCUCUGUGUGACAGCAGCAGCUCUUACGCAGUAUUUCCUGAUGGCAGCGGUCUGUUGGAUAUUGGUCGAAGGAAUUUACCACUACUUACUUGUUGUUACAGUUUAUAACAUGAGCGAUAAGAUGACAGUAUAUCAUGUGAUUUCAUGGGGUAUUCUCGAUUGAUUAUCACAUGUUUUUACUGACUUUUUACAUCUCGAAUAUUCUUACUUGCGCAUGAUUCACUGAGUUCCUCUGACUUUUUUCUUCCUUUCAUAUACAGGUUUCCCUAUUAUCAUUAUCGGCAUCUCGCUCAGCAUUGCUGCUAUUAAAGAAGGAAUACAGAGCUUUACCAGUGAUAAAAAGUGGGAAAUAUAUUUUACUCUCUUAGAAUUAUUCUUUUGACUCUCUUUUCUUUUGUCAUUUAUUUAUUUUCUUAUUCAUAUUUUUCCUCUUGUAUACGACUGUUUCUCAGCUCUUUCCAUCAGUUUCUUUUUCUCCUAACCAUUUUCCCCUCUUGGCUUUCAUCUCGUAGUUUUUUCGUGGUUGGAUUGUUUGUUUUUGCUUCGGUAUGAUUUGCUUGUUUUAUUUUGCUUUGUCUGUAUCGUAAUUCCUUAUUAUAUCCAACUUUUUUAUCAUAAUCACCAUCUAAAAAUUCCAAUAACAUUAACGAUGUUUUGAUGAUUUCAAGCGACUUUCAAUUUGCUGUAAAUUUAACCUUUUUUGCAAGUUGUUGGUUGUCAUCGACUACUAUCUUGAUCUGGAUAUUUGUCAUAUUCGUGGUGAUAAUUGAAGUUGUAAGUUUAUGAUCCUUUACUGCAGUAAUCUUUUUAAGUCAGAUUUUUGGACUUUUGGAUUUUUUGGACCGUUGAUUAUCCAUAUUUCGACAUAUACUUUUCAUCUCCUUUCUCUUGUAAGGUCAACAUUUUGAUCCUUAGACGACUUACAAGGGCGAUGACCUUCUUCCAACCGGCAGGAGCCGGGCACGUUCUGCAGUUACGGUACGAUAGAACAUUAAAAUAAUAAAAGAGUGGAAACAAUUUCUGAGGAUUUUUCAUGUGAUGUAAGAAAAUUACGAUACAAUCUUAAAAGUUACUCCGAGUCAAUUAAAUUUUUUUUUUCCUAUCAUGUUCCAGGCUUGGUAUCAGAACAUGUGUGGUGAUAAUUCCUCUGCUGGGCAGCACUUGGUUGUUUGGUCUUCUGUUACCACUACACAAAGCCUUUGCUUAUUUGUUCAUCUUCCUUAACUCUACUCAGGUUUGUUGCUAAUCGCUUCUUUAUCGAAACAAAAAAUUAUACAUCAGAAAAUGUAGAGACUGAGGAGAACAUCUAACCGAACAGACAAUGACUUAUUAAAAAAUAAGCUACUGGACAAUCAACCAAUUAAUGAAAUGAUCAGUCAGCUCGUCAAUUGAUCAGUCAAUAAAUCAUUUCAUCAGUCAAUUGAUCGAGUUAUCAGUCAGUCUGUCAUGAGUCGGUUGAUCGUUCAGCCAUUUCGCUUUCCCGCUAUUCAGUCAUUCUGAGAGAGUCUCAAUAAGGUUAACCAUUAGCAGUAAAAUGGCCAAAAAAAAAAAAAAGUUAGUACUUUUAACCAUUAGCCGUAAAAAAAUGACCCGUAAAAUUUUUCUUUUAAUCGCAACGGAAGGAAAUGUUAACCGUUAGCCGUAAAAGCUAUCACCCCACCGACACCCUCUCCUGUAAGUCAUUCAAUCGAUCUAUCCGUAAACACGAAUUUAAUUUUUGCUUUCCAAACUCUGUUACCCCCUAUAUAUGCAAAGUAUUUCCUCUCCAAAGUUUGCAGCAGCCUUAUACUAUAAAGAUCACUUAGAUAGUUUCUGUUUCUUUUGCACAAGAACACCCUAAUCACGAAUCCUGGUGCUUUUAUUUUAGGGUGUCCUAAUUUUUUCACAGCAUUGUGUACGAAACAGUCGGGUAAGCUCGAUGUUAAAAGGAACGUGGCUUGUGCGUGAUGGAAAGUACGAAGUGUUUUCACUAAAAUAGGGACGUGCUUGUAUGCUUGCAGAUCAGAGAGCGAAUGACACAAAGGAUGAACGCUGUUUCCCCAUUUCCAAACAGAAGAAACCCAGCCGAGAGGAAUACACAGGUCUAUCCGAGUGUUGAAGGCGCAGUGUGUGCGAUUGAAUUGCAAUCUUGCGGCGAAGUUGAGCACAAAUAACACUAUUAAUAAUUCCGGAAAUGGUCCGACCGUCUGGGAGUAACAGUUGAUCGUGAGGUGUGAUUGUCUAAGCUAUUGUAAAUCGUCAGUUGCGAUUUUAGAUAUUCUAGCCUCAGAUAAUCAAGCUUUAAGAUCUAAAAACAAUCCCUAUUUGAAAGAAUCCUGUACUUAAAUCGCUCGUCCCCUAAUCUAAAUGUCCAUUCCAUUGACCAUAUCGACUGUCGAACCCAAGUUUUAUAAGCUGCUAGCCUCAACUGGUUUUCCUUGCUACAUCAUUUAACUCUUUUUGUAGUUAUUGACAAGCUUGUAGAUAAAUGCACAAAAGCAAUUCUUCUGUGAUAACUGGUUGAUUAUUUGUAAAUUACUCAUGAUUAGUAAUGUUUUGUGGCAUAUAAAUACUGAAGUAUCAAUGUAGUUAACAAGUCACUUGUAAGGUGCCGAAAGCCAUGGACAUUUGUCGAGUAAGUUUGCGUCAACCGAGUAAACCAGCCUUCCAAAGUCUGUGGCUGAAAAAGGCCAGCAAACAAAGUCAAGGCCAUUAGUUUGGUAUUUGUUAUUCUAUAUCACAAUCAACAAUUGGGUUCGGUCCCUUUCGUAAAAAUGUAAUUUACGCUCGACUUCCUCUUCCCUGUAGGUCUAGCGAUCUCACACAGUGGCUUGAUGUGUUCUUCUCAAUUAUGGCAGUAACCUUCCCUGCUGCGACUUUGAGUUCAAAAUAGAAAGGGUACGACGGGUUUAUCAUUUUAAAACCAGGAAAUGUUAGCGAUUUCAAUUUGUAGUUUUAAAUAGAGAAGCUAGGAAACGAACUUAACGUCAAAACGCACGAGCAGAGCUGGCUUUUGUGCGCGCCUUCUGUGUUUCAGUUACCCUCUGGUUUUCUCCAUUUUUUUUUAUAGGGUCUCUAUGGGGUGAUGGCUUUUACAGCUAACGGUUAAAAUUUUGGCCAAUUUACGGCUAACAGUAACCUCUUUCCAUUGUUGUCUUCAGAAAUUUUUUUGAUUAACUUUUCUUUACGACUUACGGUUAAAUUUGCAAAUUUUUACGCCUAAGAACCACGACUAUCGGUCAAUCCCAUUGAGACCCUCUUAACCCUUUAACUUCCAUGAGUGGCCAAGACAGAAUUUACUAACAGUAUCAAUACAUCAUCAAAAAAACAAGUGAAGAUAAAAGGCAAUCAUUAAUGGACACAAAGAGGGAAUUAUAAUUAGUACUGGAAAUGGCAGUAUACAUCAAAUUUGGAAAUAUUAGCCCGUUCCGUUGAAAAGGCAACCCAAUAGGCGUUGGUUCAAUAUUGGGAAGCUGGAAACGUUCUUGCGAGUUCUUUCUUGAAGCGAAAGGAACUUAAAGGGAUUCCCAGAGAGAAGCCCUGCUCCUGCACUGCGCUGAAUAAGAUGUCUGGGACAUUCUCGACACCCUUAUCGACCUGGGACCGAUUCCAGAGAGAGAUUAUAAGUAUUCAAAAGCCAUAAAGUCGUUCAAUGCACAUUUUCCACAUCAAGUCAACGUACCCGCCUAGAGACAUCAUUUCCGUCGCUUAAAACAGGAGGAUUCAGAGACUGCAAAUCAAUACGAGCUCAGAUUAUCUUACAUGUCAGAGAUCUGUAG